AUGUCAUCGACAGCAAAUCCUACGCUGCAAGUCGACUUGACUGCAAUUGACAAUGAACAAGUAGAAAAAUUGUCGACAACUACUUCGAAAACACGACAAUCAACGAUAACACCAACGAAACGACAGUCAGUUAUAUCAUCUGGUACAGAAAGUGAACAAUGGAAAAAUUAUAGAAAUGAUCUUGAUAAUGGAAAUAUUCUUCGUAAGUUUGAAAACCUAAACAAUAAUCAUGGAGGGCUUUUAUCAUUCAACAACUUUUUAUCCACAAGUACCAAUCCAAAGAUAGCACUCAUGUUCCUCCCAACUAGAUCGCAUCUUCAAUCUGUUCUUUUUGAAAUAAUUGCUGAAUAUCGUCAAGGCACAAAACCGUUCUGUAGCAUUAAAGAAAUAAGUAAUUACAAUGAAGAAGAAGAAGUCCUUUUCCCUAUCGGAAGUAUAUUUCGAAUUGAAUCAGUUGAUAACCUCAGCAACGGAGUCACGAAGAUAAGCUUGACAUUGACUACACAAGAGGAUGAACAGCUGAAGCAAUUAAGACAACACAUUCGCAUGGAACUCGGAGAAGAGUUAGACCUGAACGUCCUCGGAAUACUCAUGAUAAACAUGGGAGAAUAUCAGUACGCUCAGCAAUAUUUCACAACAUCAAUUCAAAAAAAAAAACUCGCACACCCUGAUAUUUCACAAAACCACAAUUAUAUCGAACUAGUUCAUACUAAGAACGGCGAAUACGAUAAAGCAUUAGAGAAUUAUGAAAGGACACAUCAAACUAAAUCCAAGUCAUUGCCAUCCAAUCAUCCAUCAUUAGCAGCUACAUAU